CUCUGCUUCCUCCUUGGGAACACCAGGUUUUGGAGCAAGAGAACUUGGCAGGCUUUCCCCAUGGCAGUCUUAUUCCUCCUCCUGUUCCUAUGUGGAACUCCCCAGGCUGCAGACAACAUCCAGGCCAUCUAUGUGGCCUUGGGGGAGGCAAUGGAACUGCCAUGUCCCUCACCACCCACUCUACAUGGGGACGAACACCUGUCAUGGUUCCGCAGCCCUGCAGCAGGCUCCUUCACCACCCUGGUAGCCCAAGUCCAAGUGGGCAGGCCAGCCCCAGACCCUGGAAAACCAGGAAGAGAAUCCAGGCUCCGACUGCUGGGGAACUAUUCUUUGUGGCUGGAGGGAUCCAAGGAGGAAGAUGCCGGGCGGUACUGGUGCGCUGUGCUAGGUCAGCACCACAACUACCAGAACUGGAGGGUGUACGACGUCUUGGUGCUCAAAGGAUCCCAGUUAUCUGCAAGGGCUGCAGAUGGAUCCCCCUGCAAUGUCCUCUUGUGCUCUGUGGUCCCCAGCAGACGCAUGGACUCUGUGACCUGGCAGGAAGGGAAGGGUCCCGUGAGGGGCCGUGUUCAGUCCUUCUGGGGCAGUGAGGCUGCCCUGCUCUUGGUGUGUCCUGGGGAGGGGCUUUCUGAGCACAAGAGCCGAAGACCAAGAAUCAUCCGCUGCCUCAUGACUCACAACAAAGGGGUCAGCUUUAGCCUGGCAGCCUCCAUGGAUGCUUCUCCUGCCCUCUGUGCCCCUUCCAUGGGCUGGGACAUGCCUUGGAUUCUGAUGCUGCUGCUCACAAUAGGCCAGGGAGUCAUCAUCCUGGCCCUCAGCAUUGUGCUCUGGAGGCAGAGGGUCUGUGGGGCUCCAGGCAGAGCUGCCUCGAUUCCUCAGUUCAAACCCGAAAUCCAGGUCUAUGAGAACAUCCAUUUGGCCCGUCUCGGCCCACCUGCCCACAAGACCAGGUGAUUUUGGUGACAUCUGCUGGGAAGUGUGACCUGCUGUUUCACUGGCCAUCUAGCACCUGGAGUAUUCCUCGACAACCUUGGCAAGGGGGGCGGGACUGCAAGUUCGACUUCACCGUCCAGCUGGCGUCCAGCAGCCACCAAGCUGUGUAUGGGGAGGGGUGGGGGACUGAAGGAAAGGAGGAGCAUUAUUCUGUGAUGUCACCUACAAAAAGGUUUGGUCUCCUGUCUUGUAGCAGCCAGUGGAGGGAUGGCCCUGAGCCUGUAGUACUGUGGGGUUGAGGGGAGCCUGAGGUUGCUGGUGGGGGCAAGGAGGAUGGGUGUGAGCAGGGAGGAGACAGGAAUCUGGAGACUUGAGCCACCAUUGCUCAAGAGAGAGAUGGACAGAGAGAAAAAAAUAGAAGCCCAAAGUGGGAGGACGGAGUGACAGAGAAAAUGGAAAGACUCAACCCAUCUCUAAAUUAAGCCAGACCCCCACUACCCAGAUGUGUCAUCCUCACAAAGAAGAGAGGGAACAAGCACCUUUAAUCAACCCCAGACUUCCUCACAUGCAAGGGGAGGGAACUGAGUAGGAUAGAGAUGCCUGUGCUCGGCUCCAACCCGGGGCCCCUCCUUAUUCUUCCUUAUCCUAGGCACACACUCUUCCCUGUGGCGCUCUACCGGGGCAUUCAGAGCAUGUGAGCAGCUAUCGCCACUCUGGCACUUCCUCCUACUGCCCUGGGGUCACACCCUAUUUCCCGGGGGCAGAGGGAGUGUCUACUCGGGCUGGCAGGCCCAGCGGGGGUGUAUUAUUUAUUGGGCCGGGGCCAUGCUGGGAUGUUUGUGAAUCAUGGGCGAGUCUGGGCUGGUGAAGCGAGGGAGGGUAUUGAUGCUCCCAACUUGGCCAUUCCUCAGUCUCAGGCAGAAAUGAGCUGAGCUCCAGCCACACCCUCACAAGCAGCUCCACUGGGUGCCCUUUUGUGUCUCUGCUCAAGCUUGGACCUUACUGGAGAAAAGCUUUCUCAGAAGUCUCACCUAAUGCCUUCAGGCUGCAGGGGCUUAAACUAAGUCAUUGGCAGGAUAAAGGAAGCAAAUGACACAGAUGGAGAAUGAGGGGAGUGCUGUGGUCCAGGUUCCAGCUCCAGCCCAACCCACCAAGCAGCUAUAGUUCACUCUUAGAGCUCACACACACACACACACACACACACACACACACACUGCAGUAUCUGCAGUAUUACUGUACUCCUAGAUAGACCUUUUAUUAAAGGUACUCUUCAUAGUCCCCCAAGCCCUCCAUCCUGAGUUCCCAACCUACCACAUUAGUCUUUCCUAGCAAGACUCUCCUCCUUACCAUACCUGAUGCCGCUUUGAUCCCCUUGCCUGAGAUCCACAGUGUCAUCAAAAUGCCUGCCUUGCCAGUGACCUGGGCUAACAGGGGGCAUCAGCAAUGGGCAUCUAGAAAAGACAAAAGACACAGAAUAGGUGUUCUUUAUGAGGUUGGACUGUGGGCAGGUGCCUCCCCAGGCCUUGUGAGGGGUCUGUGAGGGGGUCUCCUGAGAGAUCUGGGGUCUCUGUACAAAAUUAGGUUGUCGGGCAUGUCUCAAAGUGUCUGUGCAGGUGUUUCCAGGGCCGUGGUGAUGGCAGAGGAAUCCUGGGGUGGGGGCUGCAGAUCCACAGAAGCUAGUGGAGGAGGUGUCCUCUCCUGGUGAAGCUGGCCACGAGGAGGGGCAGGGAGGAAAGGAGGCUGGUGAGCUGCUGUGGGGAAGCGGCCAUGUUGCACAGGUCCUGCUAGCAGCAGUGGUGCCGCUGAAUGUAGGAGCGCGGCCAGUAGGUGGCAUGGCUCGGCAGAGGGCACUGGGCCCUUGGGAGGCAGCCUUUUUGCUCAAUGAUCUCACUCUGAUCUGUGGGAUGAAGGAGGCAUGCUGAGGCGGGGGCCGCAGGAAAGGCGGGAUGGAUGGAGGUAGGGAGCCACCUGGAGAAGGGCCAUUGGACCAGAGUCCUACCUGAGGUGCCAAUACUGAUGCUGCAAGCUUCAUCGUCCUGAUACUUGGUGGGAACAGGGUAGCAGGGUUUGGCCAAGCUGCAGGUGUAACAGCGGAGCCUUCCCCGGGCAGGGGACAUGGUGAGACCUGUUGAGGCAGCAGAGAUUAGGAGAGCAGGAGAGGCAAACCCUCCCUGUGGGGCAGGCAGAGGCUGGAUCCGGAGAGGGAUCUCAGAGAGAGGUGACACACAAAGCAGAGAGAGGAAAGCUGUGGAACAAGGGAGGAAAGCAGACAGAAGUAGAAAAAGUGACCGGGCGCAGUGGCUCACGCCUGUAAUCCCAGCACUUUGGGAGGCCGAGGCGGGCAGAUCAUGAGGUCAGAAGAUCAAGACCAUCCUGGCUAACAUGGUGAAACUAAAAAUACAAAAAAUUAA